AUGUGGGGGUCCCCAGCAGUUGUCUGGGCCAUCUGUCUUGCCUGUGUUCAGCCCGCCGUGUUCCCAUGGCUCCUCCCCUUCAGGUCAAACAGGGACAGGCCACGCCCUGCACUCGACGUUUCAACAGAAGUAUCUUCUUGUUUGACAGAUAGGGUCGAGUGCUUCUCGGACUACAUGACCCUGUGGAUUCCCAGGAGCCACGUGGAGGGUUUGAGGCAGUGGCUGGGCAGAGUCCUGCAUGUGCCUGGGACCCGGAGGGCCCCCAACCACCUGGAUUCUUCUCUUGCCAAGUGUGGCUACUUCCUGCAUCCUGCUCCUGAUGGUGACUUCAUUUUUCGAGCUCAGUACUCGGCCUGCUUCGUGCGGAAGGAGAAAGCAAAUUACAGGUUGGAAAUCAGACUAUUUCAAAAAGGGGUGAAAAGGUUGGAGCAGAGUGAUCGCUACGUAAUGAAGUGUCCAGUGAUAACGUCAAAGCUGGGCCAGGAGAGUGUCUACUGCGGACCCACAUCCAUUCAGGUCUCCCGGCCCCUGCCUCUGGGGAGCGACAGUGGACAGACCCCAUGGCUGCUGUCCCUUCGAGGGGAGCUGGUGGCUUCUCUGGAAGAUGCUAGCCUGAUGGGAUUGUACGUGGACAUCAACGCCACCACUAUCACUGUCCAAAGUCCAAGACAAGAUCUUCAGAGGUGGGAGGUACUGAACACCUCUGCGGAGCUCCUGCCACUGUGGCUGGUGAGCGGCCACUAUGCCUACUCAUUAGAAGCUGCUUGCCCACCGGUGUCAUCCCAGCCAGAGUCCAAGGUCUUAGUUCACAUCCCCAAGCAAAGACUGGGUCUGGUAAAAAGAGGUACCCGCAUUGAGGAAACCCUGAACCUAAAAUUCCUCCGAGUCCACCAGUCCAACACCUUCACAGUGAACGAAAGCAGGGAUUUUGUGCUGGUCAGCAUCCCGGCGGCUGAGCUGCUCCAGGUCCAGCAAUGCCUGGAAGCCCAAGGAGCUCCAGGAACACAAGCUUUCUAUAGGGUAGACCUGAACCUGGAAUUUGCUGAGACGGCCACCCCGGUCCUCUGGAUAGUGGAGAGCUUCUUCCAGUGCGAGGGUUCAGGAACGGAGUUGCCUGCCUCAACUGUCACACUGAGGACCACGCCCUCCCCCGCAUCCCCAGGAUCAGAGACCCCUCCAGCAGGAGUGCAGUCUGCUGCCUCGUCCCAGUUCCAGGGCGCAGGACCAGCUGCCGGGGAAGGGCUUUCUUGGGGGCUUGCCCUCUGGUCUUCCAACAGACUGGCCAAGGCAAAAGGACUGGGGCCGUUCCCACAAACAGCCAAACCUGUGGGAAGACACUGGACGUCUGCCACUUCCCUUUUCUCCAGCGCGAUGCAAGAUCAACAUGGUCCCCAGCCCCCCACGGGGGAAGCGGAAUUACCCGGGUGUCCCCCACCCUCAACCACACUCUCCUCAGAGUCGAUAGGAGCUGUCCAGCACAGCCCCGGGCCCGCCCGUUCAGUCUUCCCAGCCCCCACUGCCCUGACCCUGCAUCUGUCCUCAGAAGUCUCCUCUCCCCCGCAGCCUCACUGGAGGGCUGAGCAAUCCCUAGUGUUCCCUGUCUCAGGACCAUCUGUUACCCGAACUGAAGGUCUAGGAACUAUAAGGCCUGAGCAGGACUCCACCCAGCCACCAGGAAGUCCCCUCCUGCUGAGUGGGUUGUCAGGGAGGGAUGCGGCUGCAACCGAGCCCAGCCAGGAGGAGCCUGGCCAGGCUGGUGAGGUGUCCCAGCUGUUGACAAGGCCCCCGCUGCCCAGCCACUCCCCCGGAGAGCCCCGGGAAGAAUCCUCUAUAAUAGAGGCCGAGGGGCCUCCCCAGAGUGGGCCUGGCCUCCCCUGGGAGGGGGCCAGAGGGCACCUGGACCUGUUGUCCUCAGAACCAAGUCGGGACAUGGAGGGGCCGGGACUCACCAUCCCGCUGAGGAUGAAUGCCACAUUCAGCACCGCAAGGGGGACACAGCCAAGCCCCGGUGCCCGUCCGGGGGCCACAGGGCCUGAGCCUACUGGAAGGCACAGGGUGGGCCCAGCAGCCUCCCUGGCAGUCCUCGCUGCUGAGCAGGGGCCAGCAGAAUCCAGUCACCCGGCAGCUCUUCUGGAGAACCCUCUGGCCGCCACCUCGGAGAAGCCCUCAGCCUUGCCUGUGGGGGGGUCAGGCAGAGUUCGAGAGCUGGUGUCGGCCCCGGCAUGGCCGGUGGGCCAGGGUGGGUGGGGGGCUGCACACACAUCCAGCCUUCCACCUUCACAAACGCUGAGCCCGGGGGCUCCCACAGAAACUUCGUCACCCAGCCUGGCUGAGCUUGGAGACCCUUUCCCUGCUGGCCUGGGGGCCUGA